CCCAGUCUGCUGCCUCUGUGCUGCAGUGCAGCCUCUCAGCCUGUGCAGGGCUGCUGCAGCUCAUCCUGGAUCGCUCUGUGUCUCCGAUUAUCCCUGUGAACUGUUGCCUUGCUUCUUACCCAUUCACACAUCUCUGGUAAAUGCCUUUCCCAGGAUCCCAGUUCAACCUCAGCACGUACACCCUCCCCUCUGCAGAGAUGACUUUAGGAGGCUGUGUCUGGAUUUCCUCCCCACUGGAUAUGGGGCAUCUGUAUGCUGCAACUGACAUCCACUAGAAAGGACUCAACAGGGGGAAAUAACAAGUGGGGGAGGAGGGUGACACUGAUUCACAAGGGACUUCUGGAUUCUCUGGAAUUCUCUGCUUUUUCACGCUCUAAUCUCUCAUCUGGAUACAGCCCAGGGGUGGAUAUUGGAUUUCCCCCUCAUCUGUGAGGUGCUGAAAAUUUGGAUCUCCCCCAUCAUUUGUGGAAUUCUGGUUUAACCCCUUCACCAGUGAGGUGUGAAGAUCUGGGUUAUUCCCCUCAUUUGAGGGGUGUAGUUGAGGUCUGGAUUGCCCCUCUCCUUUGUGAAUAGAUUUGCUUUCCCUCUCCUUAGUGGGCUCUGGGUUGCUGGCAUCUCUCCCACCAUGGAGGCAGUGGAUAAGGAGUGUGGAGCCCUGGGGGGCCUCUUCCAGGCCAUCAUCAAUGACAUGAAGAGCUCAUAUCCCAUCUGGGAGGACUUUAAUUCCAAAGCCACAAAACUUCACUCCCAGCUCAGGACUACUGUACUAGCUGCUGUUUCUUUUCUUGAUGCCUUCCAGAAAGUGGCUGACAUGGCAACCAACACUAGAGGAGCCACACGUGACAUAGGAUCAGCUCUAACACGGAUGUGUAUGAGACAUCGAAGUAUUGAGAGCAAACUGAGACAUUUCACCAAUGCUCUUAUGGAGAGUUUGAUCACCCCCCUCCAAGAGAGAAUAGAGGACUGGAAGAAGACAGCAAAUACACUGGACAAGGAACAUGCACGAGAAUAUAAACGAGCUCGUCACGAGAUCAAGAAAAAGUCCUCAGACACACUGAAGCUGCAGAAGAAGGCCCGUAAAGGUAAGGGGGAUUUGCAGCCGCAGCUUGACCAUGCUCUGCAGGAUGUCAAUGAUAUGUACUUAUUGCUGGAGGAGACAGAGAAGCAAGCAGUGCGCAGGGCACUAAUAGAGGAGCGCGGGCGCUUCUGCACCUUUAUCACACUACUGCAACCUGUAGUGAAUGGAGAGAUCCACAUGCUUGGAGAGGUCACUCACCUGCAGGCGAUCAUUGAUGACUUAAUGGUACUGACGGAUGAACCUCACAAGCUUCCAGCAGCCAGUGAACAGGUUAUUAAGGAUCUUAAAGGCUCUGAUUAUACUUGGUCUUAUCAGACACCCCCAUCCUCCCCAAGCAGCUCUGGAUCUCGCAAGUCAAGCAUGUGCAGUACAAAGACUGCCCCCUCCUGGCCAGCUGCCUCGCACCCGCACUCACCGGGUUCCACGUGUCGCUAUCGUAGCCUCCCGCAGCCCACUGGGGGUCCCCAGCGCCUGGUCAGUGUAUCAUCCCACGAUUCAGGAUGCAGCUCUCAUGAAGCCAUUUACUCCAAACCACCAUCACCAAUGCCCUCAGACAUCACCAGCCAGAAGUCCUCAAGUUCGGCAUCAUCAGAAGCAUCAGAGACUUGUCAGUCUGUCAGUGAAUGCAGUUCGCCCACAUCAGACUGGUCCCGCUCUGGCCCAUAUGAAACACCACCUGCAAGCUCCCUUCAGCGCAGGAAAGACCGUGUGGAACAUCUUCGAGAAGCAGAACUAGGCCCAGGUUAUCCAAGUACUGAGGAUCCCUAUAGGCCACGCAUGUCUCCUGCUGUCAUUGCAGCCAAGCACGGAGAAGAGGUCUCUCCAGCAGCCAGUGACCUUGCAAUGGUUUUAACCCGUGGUUUGAGUUUAGAGCACCAGAAGAGCAGUCGUGACUCCCUACAGUACUCCAGUGGCUACAGCACACAGACCACAACCCCCUCCUGCUCUGAAGACACCAUACCCUCACAGGGGUCUGAUUAUGACUGUUACUCAGUAAAUGGUGAUGCUGAAGCUGAUGGAUCUGGUGAUUUUGACAGAUCUUCCACUGUCCCACGCAAUAGCAGCCUAGCACAGAAUUACCGACGUAUGCUGCAGACAAAGCGUCCAGCGUCUACAGCUGGUUUGCCAUGUGCAACGCCUCCUUGUGGUACAGUACCACCACCACCACAAGCUGGCUCCACUCCUGGUGUCGCAACAAUUCGUCGUACACCUUCCACCAAACCUACUGUCAGGCGUACCCUGUCCAAUGCAGGCCCCAUUCCAUGCCGCCCUCCAAUUGUGCCAGUGAGGACCCCUACAGUGCCAGAUUCUCCUGGAGGGGGACUAGGAGGACGCUCCCGUGUAGGGAGUGAAGAGUGUGUCUUUUAUAUGGGAGGGGACGAUGGCAGCCCCCUUGACUAUGCUAAAUCAUCACCAAAACGGCUCAGCUUGCCUAAUGCAGCCUGGGGGGGUGCAGGAGAAAUGUCUGUAUAUGGAGGUGGUGUGGGGGAUGAGGAGGAUAUGGGAGGAGGGCUAUUGGCUGCCAACAGACAUAGUUUAGUGGAAAAGAUUGGUGAGCUUGUAGCAGGGGCUCAUGCUCUAGGGGAUGGUCAGUUUCCAUUCCCUUCUGCUCCAGAGAGGGGUCAAGAUCCUGCCCCAACAGGUGGAGGUUCCAGAUCAGAACCCCCAGCAGGUGACAUGCUUGCAUCUAUACGCAGAGGGGUGCGGUUACGCCGGACCCUGACCAAUGACCGGUCCGCACCCCGCAUCUUGUGAUUUGGGCAUGUGGGUUGGUAGUAGGAUGGUGCUCUAAAGGGGGAGGGGAGAGUUUGGAAUGUCAAAUACUGUGUGAAGGGGAAGGCAGAUCUAGAAACCAGUGGGCACUUAACCAUUCCUAUGCAGGUGCAUCUAAUACUAAAAGGAUUAAAUUCAGUGACUGAAAAAGUGUAACGUGUAACCCAUCCAUGGUGAAGAGGCAUAUUACAUUCAAGGCCAUGUCAAAAAUAUAUUAUAUACCAAGUGCUAAUACAUUAUUAGGUAUCAUUACAUCAUAGCACAAUGUUUGUCAUGCUUCAUAGUGAUGCUUUACCAAAAAGAUGCAUUAUGGGGAAUAUCUGCAGCCUCCUUUGAUAUGGUGAAAAUCCUUGUUUGACAUAAUGGCUAAGUGAACACAAGCCCUUACAACUAAACGUAAAAGGCAUUUUACAUCUAUCAUCUUAAUGACUAUGGCCAUACAUGUAUCACAGGUGCCAUGCAAUUUGCUAUAAAAAAGGAUUUCACCUCACCUGACAUUUCCUGUAACAUACUUGUAAUGAACAUAGUGACAUUUUAUUGUCAGCUGUAAAAAUAUACUUCUAUUUUGAAUCAUUAGAAAUGAGAUUCCUUCAGUAUUUUUCUACGCGUUUAUCUGGGUAUAGUAUUUAUAAAAAGCAAAUUUUUAUUUCAAAAUAUAUUAUCUCAGAAAAGAGAAUUUAUGUGAUAAAUUAACCUUUGGUGCCUGUAAAGCAAAAUGUUGAAUUCUUCUGAAAAGCAAACUAAUAAAUAAAUUUAAAAAAAUGUCACCUCUACUUCAACCCGUUGCGUGUCAGAGAUACAAGCCAUUAUAGUUUUUUAAAUCAAUUAUUUUAUUGAGUUUUUCUUGCACAAUGACCUUUAUGUAUAUUUAUAUAGUUUUUGCUUUGUAUUUGAACAUUCUUUGGUAUUUGUAUUUGUCCCAUGCAUUUCAAGCCUAAAAUAUUAACUAGCUGUGCUGGCUGGCUACUGACUGAUAGCUCAGGGAGUUCCCUGCCAAACCAUGUCCUUGAUAGGUCAGAAAUCUAUGGAGGGGGCGUGUCCAUGCCAGGAAAUAUGGUUUCCAUAGGGGCUUAGUUUUUUUUAUUUACAUCAAUGGUGCUAAAGAUGUUUGCCAUUUUUUAAAAUGCUUCCUCAUUUUUUUUAUUGUUUCCAGUUUACUAAAUGUUGUCAAAAACGUUUGCUUUAGAGGCCUUAGUUUAUUCUUAUAAAAUACUGCUGUAAGUGGAGACAUAUUUUCACAAAGGUCUAUGUUCAUUGCAGCUGUUUGUUGCAGAAUAAUAUCAGCUCAUUAAAUAUUUUUUUUCAUAGUGAAAGGAUAUUUUUCAGAAAAGCUGUUGCAUGGUAUCUAUGACCCCAUAUAUGUACGUGCAGUUUCACUGGCCACAUUUCAUAAUCAUUUAUAUUGCACAAAGAACAAAUUACUUUCCAUGCACAUUAUUAAGAACACAGUCUGCUAUUUCACACACCAUUUACUGGGGGUCUAUGUACAAAAGCGGCUCUAGAAAUGCAUUCAUAUUAAUUUAAAUUGUAAGUAAAAUAUAUUACAAAAUGGGAGGGGGGGUUAGAGGUGAAUUAGAUCAGUGAGUUAAUAACUGAUAAUUUUCCAGUUAAAAAAAAAUGUAGUCCAAGAUUCAUAGGAUUGCUUAAAGUUUAGUUAAAAUUAUUGUGAUGCUUUAAAAUAAUAUUUUAUUCAGUGUUUUCAAGCUCUGCUUCCCAGCGGUGUGAUGUAGGUGUGUGUCAGAUCACUGGAUCUUUACUAACAUGAGCCACAGGAGGGAGAUGCCCCGCUGAUAAAAGAAAACCUUUGGAUUAUAUUUUACCAAACCUUUUUACAGGAUGGCUAGUUAGGGAACAGAUGUACAAAGGAGAAACAGAAUGAGUGAUUAGGCAGGAACCCCAAUUCAGUCAGUGUUUAUUGAUAAUACUUUGCAUGUGUGAUAGUUUAACAACUUAUACAACAGCAGAUCAGAAUAACAAUUGCCAGUAGAACUCUGGGUCAACACAGAUAUUUCUGCCUAGUGACAAUAGACCCUGGUAUGAAGUUCUGGUAGGCACAAUGAUUAUAAAAAAGAGUAUAUAGCCUGUACAACUGUAUGUUGCUUACACUUAAUCAGGAUGUCAAGGCCAUGUUACUACAUUCUGGAAUAUGAACUAGUUCCUUGUCCAUAUCCCUUAUUUAUGUGUUACUUGCUUGUGACUUAUCAAGUGCAAUUAAUGCAAUACAAAUGAAAGUACAGUGAGCUAAAGCUACUUAACCUUAAUACAAAGGAGGGUGCCCCAAUGAAUUGUAACCAUAACAUAGCUAGUAGUAUAUUUGAGGGGGAGAGGGGUAUAUUCCCUGUCUGUGCUUCAUGUAUUUCUUCUAUCUGACCUGACACAGAACCUGUGAUUGCUUAAUCUAUAGAUAAAAAUUAUUUGCAUAAGUGCAUAAUGUCAUGUAUCAAAGCAUCCUUCUUACAUAGACCCCAGGCACAAUCACCCUUUACACGUGCACCACAAUAUGACAUGCACCAUCUUGUUUCCAAUGCUUACAUCAGAGAUGUAUAUUCACUGACUUCGCUUGGUCUUUAGAGACAAAAAAACGCAUGUCAAUUUAUGUGUGAUAAUGUCAAUGUGAUAAUGUCAAUGAAAGCUCUGAUUUGAUAGGAUUUAUUGGUAUUAUAUCCUCAAAGGAGAACCAUCACAGUUUAAUGGUCUCCAAAGUGGAAUCAGAGCUGUUUGAUUAGCUGUCUACAUUAUGCCUUUUAUUUAUCACAGAGGCCUCUCACAUUUUAUACUGACUUCCUCAAGAAUAUUCCUUUAUUUCUGUGUAUCUAUCAUGUCAUCUAGCACUGAUUUUUCUUACUGAUUAGAAUGGUCUUUGAGGCAUUGAAGGGUCAGUUUGUUGUAAUAAGAUGUCCCUUUUCCCUUGUUUACACAUGUAGCAUGCAGUCAUGAUGAAGCCCAUUGAACUAACUGCCAAGAAGAUAGUCUGCUGGAUAUGCACAAUUUGCUUUGGUCUUAUGCAGCACUAAUGCUACAAGGAACUUGAACAGACCUCUGUUUCUCACCUAGCCUAUAGAGCAGGGGUGUCCAAACUUUGCUCUCCAGAGGUUUUGGAACUACAUUUCCGAUGAUGCUCAGCCAGCAUUUUAUCUAGCUGAGCAUCAUGGGAAAUGUAGUUCCAAAACCUCUGGAGAGCAAAGUUUGGACACCCCUGCUAUAGAGUAAAGCAACAAAUAUGUGUCAAGAUAUCCUUUAACUGAGGCUGACUGGAAGAAAUCCAUUGAGGUUAUACUAUGAAAAUGUUACAAGAAUGCAAUUUUCUAUGGCUUUUUUUUUUUAAGAAACAUAAUGUGGGUUAUUCUUUGAGACAACCAAGUCUUUGUUACUUUUAGGCUGUUCUUGUAAUGUGGCAUCAUCGUCUAUAAAAGUGUUAGUGAAUUAAGGAAUAGUAACAAAAUUAAUUUCUUCAUAUGAAUUAUUCAGAUUGAAUGCAGCACGAGGACUGUUCUUAAAGCAUAAAUAUUCCCCAAAGAGAGGCAGAUUAGUGUGUCCUACAUAAAGAUAAAGACAACAUUUUUAAUGAAGAUUACAUUUGCACUGGAGAUAUCUUAUUAAAAUCUGAUAAAUCACAAAAGUAAAAUGAAAACUAUAUAUUGCAAAAGUAUGAAUGACAACAUUAUUUCCUUCCCCCUAACAUAGUUACUAGUAGAAACGAGUGGGGAGUUAAGUGUAACCAGAGAGAAUAUUUUUACUUUGUCACUGGCUGAGCCAAAGGCUAUGUCAUUACAGCACCACCUGCUGGAUAGGUGGAACAAUGCAUCAUAUAUUGCUAUACCAAGCUGUAAAAGAUACAGCAGGUUUUAAAUAAUUACUUUGUUUUACAUGAAGUAUUACAGUGAAUGAUAAAGAGAAAUCUAAACAAUAGAAAAAUGUAUCUCACUACUGAGGAGUGGCUUCACAGCAUAUUUAUUAGUGGGCUUAAGCAGGAUUCAAUACGUGCCAAUAAGAGGUAUAUGGGGCUAUUACUUUGUAGACAAUUUAGCGACAAGAUCAGAGUUCUACAAGUUCUGAUGCCUAGACCUCUCACAUUAGACACAUAACAUGAAUGGAUAUAAAGGCGGUUCCCAGCAAAACGAGUUAGCUGAUUUUAAAUGUUUGUUUAGUAACUUUGAAACUAAAAAUGUAUUGAAAUCUCAUACAUAAAACUUAGAAUCUUCCAUGCAGACAGGUAAUAUCUGAACUGAGCUCCUUGAUUGAUCUAUGUAACGACUGUUUCACAUAAAUUAUUAUCAAGCUCUAAAUUUUAGUUGUUUUUUUUACCGGUAAUAUCAUAAAAAAAAAUAAAAAACAUUUUGACAAAGCAGUAAAAGGUUUAAAAAAGCCUAAUACAUAUAUACAUUCAUAAUGAAAAUGGGGGUCAUUGAUUUACCUUGGCCCAACAUUUGUUAGAUCAAAGUUUAUGUAAAUAACUAACUCUAAUUAAUCUAUGUGAAACAUUCAUUUUUAAAAAUUUGUUACAGAGCAACAUGUCCUGCUAGUUUCUGAUUAAGGACAUAUACUGUUAGAUGAAUUUAAAACGGGAAAAGAAGAAAAUAUGACUAAGUUGAGAAGCAAGAGCUAUGUGGAAGUCAGUAUUGUUUGUAUGGUUUGUUUCUGUUGUUGGGGAAUAAAUUCUGUGAAUUUUUAGAGGGCUUCUAAAGUUAUGAAACCUGCAGAGGAGACUGAGGUAGUGAUGAAAACCCAGGACUGGUAUGAGUGAAAUCCUGCGGACAAGAAUGAUGAGGAGAAACAGAAGGAAUGGGAUGGGUUGGUGCAGAAAAAAAACAUAAACUUAAGAGGAGGAUGGUGCAACGUUAUUAAGGAUAUUGUAAGUUAAAGACAGCAUUUUGAAUUUAAUCCUGGAAGAUAUGAGUUUCCAGUGUAUUUCCUGACAGAGUAGUGAGGACGAAUUAAAUGUAUGUCAAGUGGAUGAAUCUAACUGAAAAUUCUAAGAUGGACUUGUGUGGAGAGUCAAGUAGAAGGUCAAGUGAGUGGAUUAAAGUUUUUGUUGUGUUAUCUAAAGAUGACCUAUAUUGUGCCAAGAUAUGGGUAGGGGCUUUUUUGUAACACCAAGACCCCAAAUACAUUUCUUUUUCCCUUCGAUUAUUAAUAGAAUUCAAAUUUGAUGAGGGCCUGUACUGACUCCUUCUGUUCAGUUUAGUUAUUGCAAUACUGGAGCAUAUCUUAAUGGGUCAUAAAAUACCUUUUAAACAGAUCACAGGCAAGUAACAAUGGGCAAAAUCAUUAACCUAUCAAAACAUCUCCUUUGCAGUGGUUAAAUAUAUUUAUGACACAUCUGUCUUCAGUGCUUUCCACUGCCCACAAAAAAGCCCCAUUACUUUGAAUUAUAUAUCAGCUACAUAAUGAUAAUAUAAUUCACAUAAGUCUUGGUUUUUAUGGGCAAUAAAAAGCACCAAGGGCAAAUAUGCCUUCAUUUUAAACACUGGAAAUGAGAAAUUCUGACAGAUAUGUACUUUUUUAUGCUCUUACCUGUCAACUGUUUAAAUAAUUCCCUUUGUUGCAGUGAUUUGCAUGUCCCUUUAACUUAUUUUAUCAACUAAAAAGCUCUUGAGUAUUCCUACCAACAUUUUACUAGAAGUCACUCUAUUAUAAAGUGAUGAAAUAACUUAAAUCUAAAAUCACAUUUUAUUAAUACAUGUUCUUUGUCAUUGCCCUACUAACAAGAAGCACUGAAGACAUAAUAUUUUACAACCUAUUUGACUAAAAAUCAUUCACAGUUAAAGGGAUAAAUUAAACUUGCAUGAUUCAGAGCAUGUCAUUUUAAGGCACUUUUAAAUUCACUUCUAUUUUCAAAUCUGCUUCGUUCUCUUAAUAUCCCUUGCUAAAAAAUAAAUAUGCACAUAUCCUACACUAGUAGGAGCUGCUGCUAAUUGGUGCCUGCACACAUUUGUCUCUUGUGAUUGGCUAAAUAGAUAUUUUCAGCUUCCUGUCAGUAGUGCAAUGCUGUCCCUUCAGCAAUGGAUAACAAGAGAAUGAAGAAAAUUUGAUAAUAUAAAUAAAUUGGAAAGUUGUUUAAAAUUGUAUGCUCUAUUUAAAAAGCUUACGCACAAACAGAUGUCAUCAACAUGAUGAGGAAAUUUAUAUAUUUUUGUUUAAUAUAUAUUCUAUGUGCAUUCCUUAGAUCUAAAUAAAUUACUAUUUGUUUGGCCUUGCAGAUCUAAAUAUCUCUGUUCUGGUGAGAUGAUCUAAAAUGUCUCAUCAGUAUAGUGAGGUCCCUUUAAUCAUUUUAGAAAGGAAAAUUUGACCUUGAUUAUUGUUUAUCUAGUUAUGCAGGUUCUGGAAGUAAUUAAAAUACAUAAACAUUACAAUAUAAUGCUCAAAAAAAAAAACAACCAAAAAUGUUAUGUGGUUUUAUCUCCAUAUCAGUGCAUUUUUUAUCAUUAGGCCAUUAGUCACUAAGGAAUGUAAUGAGACAGGUGUAUUGAGUUCCUUAUUAUUGGUGAGCUGCAUCCCAUAGUACAUAAUGGGGCUCUAUAGAAAGCUGAUUCUUAUAGGAACCUGUGAGGCAGCCAACACUGCUAACCCUGUUCUUUUUGAAGAAAAUCAGAUUCAAAUGUAAAGUUCUCAGUUCAACUUAAAGGGACAUUGUACUAAAAAAUAUUAUAUUAUGCAUUUGAAAAAGCAGAAUGCGCACAUGACAAAAAAAAAAUCUUCCAUGGCUUCUUUUAAAUUAAAAAAAUAAAAACAAUAGUUGACUACAAUGUCCUUUUAUUUUGUAUUCAUUUCUAGCUUUAAAUACAUUAUUUUUAGACCUUGUUGUCAGACAGCCGUGCAAAAAAAUCACAAUAGACAGACCUGUGAGACCUGCUUAAAGGACCAGUCAACACAGUAGAUUUGCAUAAUCAACAAAUGCAAGAAAACAAGACAAUGCAAUAGCACUUAGUCUGAACUUCAAAUGAGUUGUAGAUUUUUUUUCUGACAAUUUUAAAAGUUAUGUCUUUUUCCACUCUCCCUGUACCAUGUGACAGCCAUCAGCCACUCACAAAUGCAUACACGUACCAUGUAACAGCAAUCAGCCAUUCACAAAUGCAUACACACUUAUUCUUGCACAUGCUCAGUUGGAGCUGGUGACUCAGAAAGUUUAAAUAUAAAAAGACUGUGCACAUUUCGAUAAUGGAAGUAAAUUGGAAAGUUGUUUAAAACGGCAUGCUCUAUCUGAAUCAUGAAAGUUUCAUUUUGAUUGAGUGUCCCUUUAAGUCUUUAUUAAUUUUCUAAGAACUGUGUGAAAACUUUAAAAAUGUCCUAAGAAUAUCAUUAAGACCCAUUUUAUACAGAAUAUGAUAAAAAAACAAAAUAGUAUAAUAGUUUAAAAAUUUAAUUUCUAAAUGCAAUCUAACUAGUGAGAUACGGUUUUAAAUGUCACAUUUUCACUCCUGUCAACCAUCUUUCAGACUGACAGACCUUACUGUAACAGUCCACAAGUGAUCUUUAAUGAAUCUAGGUUUUAUCGUACCCUCAUAGCUUUGUAAUUCUAUUACUCUGUGACAUCCCAGCACACACAUGGAAGGGAAUUACUUGUUAAGUAUCGCCAAAUUAAAUUAUAGGGACUAAAGUUAAUUUUACUUUCACAGAAAUUGUGCUAACAGUGCCCAUGAUAUGAGUUUUGAUAUACUAUUGUGAGAGAAGAAUAUGUUUUUUUCCCCGGUGAAUUGAUGUCUGGUGAGUCUUUAAAUAUAGGAGUGUAUUCGGAUCCUUUUGAAAAGUUUUAUCAUAGCUUAUUGUUGCAUUUCUACAAAAUUCAAAAUAAAAGUAAUUGGGAAAUGUUGUAGGUAAAUUAAAGUGAUAAGCAUUUCUGUAAGAUUAUAAUAAUAAUCAAUAGUCUUUUACACAUAGGUCAUCAAUGUUUAUACAAGAACUAGGAAAGAGAAGCUCUCAACUGGAGAGGAUGAGAAUAAUUUGCCCUACUAUCCGAGCCAAAGAGCGAUACUAUCCGAGCCAAAGAGUGAUACUAUCCGAGCCAAAGAGCGAUGGGGGUAACUAAAUGUAGCUCAGCUCAGGGAGAUAGCUGCCGCUCAACUAAAGAGGUUGCUAAAGGCCUGUAGGUCUGGUGUUAUCAGGCAGAUCUCUAAAGAAAGAUUUGUACUGCUAUAUGGUGUCUGCACUAUACUUUUGUAUAGGCUCAGACUGAUAUACUGGAGGAAUGUGCCGCUCUGUGUAAGGCACAAGUGGGCUAAAAGAGACUGCACCCUGGGUGGGUACCAUCUUUUAGGGCAAUCUGUUAAGCUUUGUCAGUUUCAAGUUGAGCCCUUCUUUCUCCAAGUUUAAAGAAAUUUAAACAUAACAGAGACGUUAAUGCAUUUUGCUCAGAGACAGACACAUAGCACUUAGCAAUUAAAUCUAAACAUAAUAUUUUUUUUACAUAAAUAAGGGGUAUAUACCCCCUAAAAUAAAAAUGAGACUGCAUGUAAGUGUCCCUUUGAAGAUACAGGCAAGCAUUAUGAAGUGAUUAUUAGACACACUUUUGCCCUACAUGUAAGAUAUAGGGUAUAAGUUUUCACAUUCUCUACAGUUUAGCUGGUUCCAUUUCAUUCUGCAGCACAAAUGUAGAUGAAUGUUAUGAGGCCUUAACAAAGAUAGUAAUGUCGAUCAUUUGAAGGAAAAAUAUUUUUUUCUGGACUCCCAAAUGUUGGAUAUAAAUUGUGGGUCCGAAGAGACUAGUGUCAUUUCAUUGCAGGGUGUACAAUGCUGCAGUACCACAGAUUGGUAAACUUGGGAUAUGAAUGAGCCUUAUACCAUUUCCUUAACUGGAACCCAAAAGGUGCCAAACCUGUAAUCUAAAUGUGUCUUAUAAUUGUGGUUAAAAAAUGACUACAUUUUACAGACUGGUCACUUAAAACCUAUGUGUUGGUUAAUAAAGAUAAAAAAAAAUAACAAGCGCUGUUAUAGAAAGACAGAAUUAACAAAGGUGAAGUUGUAUGGACUUGAUAAAAUACUGCAGUCUCUUGGAGGUCCAAGAGAUGAACUUUGGCAGUUAAGAUAAAGAGGAAGAAAGGGAAGAGACAAUAUAUGGGUUAAGAGGAUUGUGUGACAAGAUGAUAUACGUCAGUUACUACACAAGGGUAGUGCUCCUCUAGACUUGACAAGUGCCACCAUAAGGAUAAUUGUAGACUAACAUAACUAUCUAUAGCCAAGGAUACUGCCAUCCACAUUAUGCCUGUUACACUUUUUAGAGCACAAAUUUAGUGACUUACAAAUGUUCUGUGUGCUCUUAAGUAAUUAAAGGGUAGACUUCCUUGCUUAAAACCUAAGGCUACCCUCUUUCACUGCCAAAGUGAACAUAAGUGUGUUAUGGUGCACAGUGCACUCUAAGGUUGUACAACAAAAGUAUUUAGGAGCUAACUUUAGUGGUUUAGUUCAUCCCUUUGAGCAGAAAUUGUAAGGUACCAAGAUAUAUAAAAUGCAAGCACAAUACACUCUCCUCCCUCUUCCUUUUAUGUUCUCUUGCUCCCUUUUUCUAACCAUAUUUCUGCAGAGAAUUGGAUGCUCUUAUCAGCUUCCCUUUAUAUAAUCUCCCUCUGUGUGUGUCUAUAACACAAAGCACUGUUGUCAUUGUACAGAGAAUCCCUCUUACACUGGAUAUGUGUGUCUGCGUGUGUCCCGUCACAUCCUUGUAACUCUUGACUUUGUAUCCUCUGGCACAGGGCAAACAAAGCUGUAUGCUCCUUUUUCCAUAUAUUUUCACUUCAUUUUGUACAGAUGUAAAAAAAAAAAAAAAAAAUGUAAAAAAAAUUCACCAAUUCCAUAAAUCAAAGAUUGGCGUCUUAAUGUGUCUUUCAAUUGUGCUAAAAUUUUCUGCUUUUGCUGUUAACUGUUUAUUUUUUAAUUUAUUUUGACCCACAAACCUCCUUCCCUAUAUUACUCACUCAUGCCUUUUUUUUAUUUUUUAACAAUUUCUUUGGAUAUUUUGAUUUUGCUCUGAGUAGCGCUGAUUGAUAACUCCGCACUGUGAACAUCCAGUAUUAAUAAAAUCUGUACUGUACAAAUAA